AUGGGCACCCCGCCAUGGCUGGACAGCCUUUCAGAUGACUGGGUAUCGUUGCCAGGGACUCCCUCCAGCCCUGCCCCCCGGUCACUUAUCAACAACCACUCCCGCCGUUCCAGUGUACAGAAUACUCCUAGUCGCAUUCCUGUUCCCGCGCGUCGCCCCGUUGAUCUCUCUCCAUCUUCAGAUCCUAAGAAAAAGGUUACGCGACCCUGCCACUUUCAUAAACGAGAGCCGCCCACCCCCAAGACCCCACGUUCCCCGAAAACACCCUCCAAGUUGCGAUCGCCCGUACCGGACAAGUCGAAAAAGAGUCCAAUGCCGAACCCGCCUUCUGGGCGCAGAGCCGGCCCGUCUGCGAUGGAUGGGAGGUCACCUCUGCGGUCGGUUUCCAACGCGUCGAGCCAGCCGGGAGAACAAAGCACUGUCCAAAUACGGCCGAAGAAGGAUAGUAGGAAGGAUGGUACACCGGAAUGGCGGAGGAGGUUGGUGAACGGCGAGAUACCUUCAGGUGAUCAACGCGAUUUGUUUGCACCGAUUGGCUUGGAAAGCGUGUUCAAGCCUCCUUCCCCAGGUUCGCCCUUAGCUGGAAGCACACCAAUUCCGAGAAUGAAGCAGCCAGACGACGGGUGGAACUUUAGCAUCAAUUCCGGGACGGAAAACAAGGGCAAAUCCCCGGGACGCAUAUAUACGAGCAGUCGUGGAAGUGACCGCAAGACAUCUGGAAAGACAACAUCUGCGCGGAACUCGCGUCCCAGUCUAGGACGCGCCAAAGACACAACAAAACCACAGGACGAUGAGCGGGAGCUAAAGCGACAAAAACCGAAACAACCGUCCUAUGCGACGAAACCCCAGACUGAGUCCCAAGACGACGCGCAGAUGCGUUCCGCCAGCGGAUUGGAGGAUUUACGGAACGAGGACAUUACUCCCAUUACCUUCUCACAAACAAAUACAGUUGAUGGGAAUGGCACGGCAGAAAUCAUCAAGUCCGCGCUGAAGCAGGUCACAUCCAAACUUGAGCGACUCCACUUGGCGCCAGACGAUCGUCCGGAUUCCAGAGCGAGCGAUAGCGUAUUAUUUGGGCAAACAGGUGGCAUCGCGUCCGACGGCGAGCCUGAAGAUGACUUGGUGGACGUGACGAGCAACUCCCUUCCUCAGGAUCUUUCUAUGGGGACAUUGGACUACCGGGGGCGGAGUGCCUUUGCGAGCCUGCAAGGGGAGGAGCCCUUUCUCGAUGAGCGCUCCUUCCAUAAAGAUCGCUUUUCUCCCACGGCCUUCCCAGCCCACCGGCUCUCUCCUUUCGCGCGUCCCAGCUUGCGAAUUCGAAGCUCCCCGCCAUUCUACACUAAGACCAACGCGCGGACUGACCCCCCAACACUCCCACGACCUUCUUCCGCCCACGUUGGAACCUCGGACAGUAAAGCUGAAGCUAUGUUAUCGUCAGGAAGCCCACUGAAGCUCUUUUCGACACAUGACACAUUCACGAACAAUAGACUCCUUCGACGGAUGAGCCAGUUCGAGGAGACGCUUGGCGACGAAUCGGAGGAGGAUGGACCAGUCUCGCCGUCGGAGGAAGCCCGGCGUAAAGGCGAAAACCGAAGUCUUUCGAAUCCGAAAUCGGAUCACCGGGGCGAACGUUUUGCCCGAAGGCAGGGUCGGCCAAGAACUGACGAAUCGCGGACACCUCAUAUCAAUCGCUUCGGCGAGGGUCAAUUGGAUAACUUUGACUUCUCCGACGCCAGCCCUUACGACGGGAAUUUUCUUCAUACCGAUUCUCCGGACCCUAAUCUUGCUCCACCGGGUCAGUUGCUAUCUGCUAAGGGCAAAUACCAGGGGCGAUAUAGGCAGACUAGUGGUGACUCUGCAACGUUUUAUAACUUGACGUUUGGGCAAAAUGGCGCAGGAAGCCACAAUUUAAGUGCAACAGAGAAGCGAGAGGGUAAGCUGAAGCUGAAUCCUACUCCGGGGAGCCCUGUAAAGGACCCGACUCCGAAAAGACGGAGAACCAUCAUGAAGCCCCGCGGCUCCUUUUUGGGGGUUUCCGACUUGGAGGACAGUGCCGCAACUGAUGAUUUGUCUUUGCUCCAACGAAGUUUGAUGCAACAUGGCCUAAAAUAUGAUAGCAACGAAGCUGCCAUCCUUUCUGAAUCUGGUCCCCGCCCUCGGACCCCGACUCCUCACCAGACUGGCUCGUUUGAAAAGAAACAGGCCUCCCCAAAUAGACGAACCCAACAGCUCGGCCCUAAUGACGACGAAGUUGCUAGCUCCCCAGCAUCUCAAGCCGUGCCAAAUGUGAUUGGACGCCCAGCAACUGAAGAGGUUCGCAAAGGAUCUAUCACUACUCAAGACUUCUUGAAUGAAGCAACCAAAGUCAUGAACCUCAUACGAUCCAAAGGCACAGCAAAGAGUAGCCUGUCACGGGUAGACGAGUCUGAUGUGGAGCAGGAUGGCGAUUUUGGGAGCUAUGAAGAGGAGUCAACACUGGAAGAGUUUUCGCGGCCGCCUAGUAGGGAAGGGAUUGACCUGCGCAAAUACCGAGAACCCAAGGAGCAGAACCCGCGUAUUCUGAGCCAUUUGAAGAAAUUCCAGGAAAAUGACGAGUUGGAAUUUGGGCCCAACGGCUCCGUGAUGGGUCUACAUCUCAGAGAGAACAGCAAUGAAUCUCAGAGAUCUGACUCUGGGAAUUGGGCACGAGGCCUUCAUUCAGAGCAUCGAAAGCGCAAGCUUCCCGCGCCACCAUCAACCCAAGAAGAUGACCUCUAUGACUUUUUGCGUCUUGACACUGCAGGUUCCGCAACAAGCUUUAGCGCUCGCUCAUUUCCUACUGGUUCCUCACAGGGUUCUCAUGCCAAGGGUGUACUAUCUUCCGAUAUUGUCUCUCACUUGAUUCCAGAGCAGGUGAAUGGGCUCACUUACGAUCGCCUAAAGCAUCAGUGGGUCAAGGAAAACGAUAAGCAGCCUCGUGCAAAUCAGAGGGGUAAAGAUGGUGACGACGAUCCAUUCAAAGAUAUUCCUGACCUCAGCGUCGACGAGCUAGAAGAGAUGAUGAGGACACAAAGCUCAGGUUCUCAUUCACAGAAAGCCAAGCCGAGUCAACCUGAAAGGAGUGGUAGUCCCCAGGACAAGGCAUUAAACCCUGCUGCCGAAACAGCACCUGCUGCCCCCUCUGUCAACCUCAGCUCUGUUCAAUCUGGUAUCAGCCAAUCGACGUCUAGUCAGCCGAUUUCGGGAACAAGAGAGACUUCAUGGGGAACGGAUGUUCCCAAAAGCCGAACGUCUUCAACUGACGUUGAACACGAGAUCAAAGUUCAUGAAGGCCGCUUGUCAAAAACCCCUCAUCACCUGAGAGAAGCUAAUCACCAAGCACGAGUCGUAACCAUCAGCUUCUCAUCCCCGCUUGUUUCCCAGAUUGAGUACAGCGAUGAUGACAGCCCUUCCAAGCUUCGCAGAGUCGCAAUUACCUCGCAAGCGCAAGCCGUUGCUGCCGAGCAUUCCAAGCAACAACCGUCCGAAUAUGAGCAAGCUUUCCGACGGCGCUCAAUUUCAAAAAUUGAUGAAGGAUGUGAGGACACAGUUGAAGAACAGAGCUUAAUGCGAAGAAGCGGGGCUCUCCAGCCUACUGCAGCUGAAGGCGGUAUCGAUGAACCACUAGCCUACCUCCAGAAUACAGGUCUGGACACAAGCUAUAGUUUCCAUCUUAGCCCACUUGCCGAUUUCACAGUGGAUCAGAUCGACCAGCCAUUACAUUUCGAUGCGAGUUAUGUUGCUCAACGCACACACCCAACAUCCUUGCGUCAGGUGCAUGGGACAUUUGCGCUAGCGACAGAAGACCUCGUCAAGCACAUCACAGAAGCCGAACCCUAUGAACCUUAUUGGGAACACCUUCGCCGCUUGGUUUUGCGCCGUAAGGGCCUUAUCACUCUUCACAAACUCAGCGAAUUCUGUCCUCGUCUCGAAGAGCUAGACGUUUCAGAGAACGAUAUCGGCCAGUUGAGUGGAGUUCCACCCACUUUGAGGAAUCUGAGUGCCGUGAAUAAUUGCCUUUCAAGUCUCACUGCAUGGACCCAUCUGGUUAACUUACAGUACCUUGACAUCUCGGGAAAUGAGCUGGAUAAUCUAGAUGGAGUGAGCGAGCUUAUUCACCUCAGGGAACUAAGAGCAGACGACAACAAUAUCCAAAACAUUGAGGGUGUCUUUGGAUUAAAUGGUCUACUGACACUGACGAUCAGGAAUAACCGCCUGAAGUCUGUCGAUUUUGAAACAGCGGAAUUAAUUCGCCUUGGCGAAUUGGAUAUGAGUCAAAAUGAGCUGGUGUCCGUCCGAAGUAUUCAAAAUCUCCCAGCACUCGCUCAGUUGGAUCUGACAUCCAAUAAACUCGAAAAACUCACUUGCUCUUCGCCCCUCGAUAUGCUGCGGGGGCUGAAACUCUCAAACAAUCGUUUGCGGCAUCUGGAUAUCGAGUGUUUCCCAUCACUGACACUUCUCUACGCGGACCAGAAUUGUUUGUCCACUAUUGCCGGGAUCAGCCAUACGCGGGACUUGGAGGUGCUGUCUGCACGGGAGCAAUUGAUUUCAAACGAGCGCAACGGCGGCUUCUUCGAAUUAGACUUGGGUACAGUCAAGGAUAUCAGAAAGGUGUACCUUUCCUCGAACAAGCUCUCGGCACAAACUAUCUCACCAUCUACACCUCUUUUGAGCCUUCAGCUCCUUGACCUUGCAUCUUGCCGUCUAGAAUCUCUGCCAGACGACUUUGCUCUCAAAUUUCCUAACCUCAAGGUGCUCAAUCUUAACUUCAAUUCCCUCUUGGGAGUCAACGAGUUGCUUGGCAUGAGCUGUCUCUCGCGAUUGGCUAUCGCGGGUAACUCUAUCUCGAGGCUCAGACGACUUUGCCAGGUUCUGAGUCGAGUUGGACGUACCAACAAGUCGAAAACUUGCACACUCCAGAAAGUCGACAUUAGAGGGAACCCCCUGACGGUCAGGUUCUACCCCCCGCCAAUUACAGGGAAUGGGAAACAGCCUACACGGAAACUGACGUCGAACGCAAGAACGUCUUUCGGAAACCAUGGAGUUGAUCUGGAUCUUCCUCUUAUGAGGCAACUCGACCGUGAAGGCCAGCUGGUUCCAAUAGGAGCAGAAGAUGGUGCGGAGAGAGACCCCGAAAUCAACGACCCCUACACUCUUCCUCUCGCGGAUCCACUGCUGGAUCAAAAGCACCUGUCCCGUCUGGACCAAGGGACAAGGCUGAAACGCCGGGUCUUUGAGCUCAUGCUUUAUGCGGGAACUGGAGGCGCAUUGAAAUACCUCGAUGGACUGGAGUUCCGACCAGUCCUGGAGCCAGGCUCCGAUAUGAAUCAGGCUUGGGCUCGACUUGAACAGCUCGGUGUUCUCAAGAAGAAGGUGAUCGCUGGCUGA